AAUGUUUGACCGAAUCGAGGAUCUCCUUGCUUGGUAUAUAAAGGCAUGCAGAAGUAAAUACCUUCCAGUUUGCAUUUAGUUAUACAAUGGAUGAAGACAAGCCACAGGUGAACGACGAAAAUGAUACCCUGGUGAUACAGACCCAGGGCAAUGGGACCUCGGACGAUUCGGCCCCUUUAAAGGUCAACGUAAAAAGUAUCGCCCAAAGAUUUGAAGAGAACGAUAGAGGAUUGGACAAGAAGAGCCCGGUGAAGGAUCUAGGUUUAUCUAACAGAAACACACUUUUCCCGAAAGAAACGACAGAAGGAAAUGAUGAUGCAGUAGAUGAAAAGGAAGAAGACGAAAAAGAAGAAGACACAAAAGAAGAUGAUACGUUUAUCCCGGGGGAAGGCAGAAUCACAAAUUUUACGAAAGAAACGAAACAAGAAAAUGAAAAACAAGAAGACAAAAUUAUAGGAGAUCCGAUCACCGCAAAGGAAGCCGGUUUCGUAUUCGACGAAACAGGAGAUUUGAUCACAGCAGAGGAGGCCGACAGAAUCGCAAAUUUAGAGAAGGACACGGAAGAAGAAACCGAAAACAAAGAUAACGAAAAAGAAGAUGUUAUUACAUGUACUGAAGAGGAUUCCGGACUAUCCGGUAGAAUCGCAAAUUCGGCGAAAGACACGAACGAAGAAAAUGAAAAAGAAGGUGAUAUGUACACCGCAAAGAAAGAGGAAAAACCAGACAGAAAAGCAAGUUUAACAAAUUUUAAAGACACGAAAGAAGAAAAUAAACAAUUGCAAGAGGACGUGAUUUAUAAAUUCUUUAAAAAAGCAGACACGCAGAAUUUGGGAUUUUUGACAAUUAGUCAGUUUGCUGCAGCUGUGCGCAAGCAAGGAUUCUCGGGAAAGGACUCAGAAAUAACGACAAUGUUUCUUGACCUUGAUGCCAAUAGGGAUUGCGAGGUGACCUUAGAGGAAUAUAUGGACGAGAUGGGGAAGAGAGACUUCAGAUUCUUAACGGAAGCUGACUGGUUGGACAUCUUUAGAAAGUUUGACAGGAACAAAGAUGGCUACGUCACGCGCGAAGAGUUGCAGACGACACUUGAAGAGCGCAAUAUGAGACAGCUUGAGAUUGAUAUGGAUGAAGUUAUGAAAAAGGCAGACAAAGAUGGCGACGGGAAGCUAUCAUUUGACGACUUCAUCAAAUCAUGCGGCUUAAAAAGUCAUUGACAUUGUUCUGGCUUGCAGAUGUAAAUAUGAGCAAACUUAAAACAACUGCCUCUCUUUUUAUCAUACAAGUAUUGUAUCAAUAUUUGUUAUAUGAAAUGUAUGCGCGGACCUGGAAGGGGGAGGGGGUUGGUUCAAAAUUUCUUUGAUUUGAAAUUACCGAAAAUAUGCCUCGGACCCCCUGGCAAACUUAAAUACCCCCCCCCCCCCCGAAAAAAAAAAUUCUGGCUUCGCGCAUAAAAAUGUUUGUUCAUAAAAUUAGCACGGUUUAAUAUGUGUAUACCCCAGCAGACUGCAUUAACUUUACGUGUAUUACAAUGUAAGUGCACCUUACGUAAUACAGGAAAUAUACAGAACAAUACCGUCUGCAGGCCCAGGAUAAUUUUUUAAAAACGAUCAUUGUUUAUUGAAUUAUACGAAGCAUGGGCUAUGCAAUACACUGAAUGCCUGGGAGUCGUUAUCCGUGCCAAACUCGGUUUUAUUUUCUGUAUUGCUUGAAUACCAAAAAUAUCACUAAAUGUGUUUAAAUGUUGUGAUGUAAUUUUGUUAUCUUGAUCAUGAAAAUAUAUUAACCUACAUGUUCAAAGUUUGCACGUGUAUCUAGAACUACAUUGCGCUUCAUCCGAUUUUGAAGAAUGUUGCCCUCAUUGCAAUGCAAUUAAAAGAAAUAAUAAAUGGGUUUGAUUGAAAUGAAAAACUACAUUUUUUAAAUUUUUGAUUGUUUCUUUUAAACACGUAGUUAAAAACAUAUGUAUAUAAACCUAGAUUCAUUCUAAGCAACGAAGAACAAUAUACUAUUGUUAUUCAUUUGUAUAUGAACCUAGAUCUUUAUAAUGGCAAGAAUUAAUAAAGGCUACUUUGCCUGCUGUUGUAUUCAUAUUCACUGUAUAUACUCACAUGUAUCAUGAUGUAUGUAUAUAUUAUGAAUAAAAUUCUUCCAAAACUAAC